AUGUUACACAACACAGUCCAUGGUGGCCCUGAUGAGACAAACCCACAUGGUGUUGUAGCUAAAGAACCAAGUGAAAGUGAAAUCAGGUCACCUACCACCUCCAGAUGUGGCUCACAUACAGUAGUUCUGGUAGAAGAACAAGGAGUUCUUCAAGCCAAGUCAAUCCAGAAGUAUGAGCCUUCGCUUCAUAAGCCAAUGUAUAUUUUUAUCAGUGUAUUUGCAUUUUUAGAAAUUAUGUUUGUCUCAGUCAUCACUAUGCCAAAGCUCCUAGCAAACUUACUUUUAUCUAACAAGCAGAUAUCGUAUGUUGGAUGCUUUUCCCAACUGUAUAUCUUCAAUGCUUUAGGGGAAACAGAAUGUUAUCUCCUUGCAAUUAUGGCUUUUGAUCGUCACUUGGCCAUUAACAACCCUUUGCGUUAUACAUCAAUAAUGAAUUUAAACGUUUGUUCAAAAUUAGCUUUUCUCCCAUGGAUAAUUGGAUUUAGUGCAUCUUUUAUUCCCACCAUGUUCACAGCUAGUUUGGAAUUCUGUGGGCCCAAUGUGAUUGAUCAUUUUUUCUGUGACUUGUCCCCUGUACAAAAUUUGGCUUGUUCCAAUCCUUUCAUCAGCAAUAUUGUUACGAUUGCAUUAGCUUUUUUCAUGCUUAUAAUUCCAUUUAUAAUGAUAAUAGCUUUCUACAUCCGUAUUAUUAUUACUAUAUCAAGGAUUAAGACUUCUGAAGGCAAAUUGAAAGCCUUCUCUACUUGCUCUUUCCACCUAAUAGUAGCCAGUCUGUUUUAUGGCACUUGCAUUAUCGUAUAUGUUAGGCCUAAGGGAAGCCGAUAUGACAAGUUUCUUGCUCUCACUUACACAAUAGUGACACCCUUAUUAAACCCCUUUGUUUAUACUUUGAGAAACAAAGAUGUUAAAGAUAUUUUGAAGAAAAAGAUUGGUUGGAUUUUACAGAAAGCUGUUAAUUGCCAAACAUCAACAUUUUAA